CUUUAACUUUUACUUUCGCCGAAUCGGUUUGACCUAAUACCCAGUGGAAUGAGAGGUGAAAUGUUUUGAAAACAAAAACAGUUACCUGGUACCACAAAUUCUACGUUUAUUUCCUUGCUGAUAAUAUGACAAUUGUUUUGGAUUAGAAGAAAUGUAGAAAACCGUAAAAGAUGACUUCUGUACUUGGCAAAGACUAGAAAGAUGCUCCACUCGUACAUCCGGUUGCAUAAGGAGAAUAAACUGGUCUAUCGUUGGUUAAAAAUGAAAAUACGUCCACCGGAUUAACCAAAACAAACAUUUUUUUUUAUAUUAUUUAGUACCAGUCUCUUCUAGUCAUUUAAUUAACUAGUACAUUUUAGAUACAGUAUCUGUGAUAAUAGUGCAUUCAAUAAGGACAAGACACAUUUUUAUCCGCACAAUUUCCAUAAGUAGUUUAGAAAAAAUAUAUUAACAUAAUCAUGGCCAUUGUCAAUUUGUUGGCAACAACAGCCUUAAAAAGCGUUGGUUUGCUUGGAUCAACUAUAUGGAUUAUUCCCCUGAUGCUAGCCAGUCUCACGUUUAUCAACUACAAUCAACUGGAUCCCGAGUCGCCCAUAAUCAACCAGAAAACAUUGCAUAAAGAGUACGACUUUGUGGUCGUAGGAGGGGGAUCAGCUGGAGCUGUUGUAGCAUCAAGAUUGUCAGAAGUUCCAAACUGGAAAGUUCUACUUCUUGAAGCCGGUCCAGACGAAAACGAAAUAUCAGAUGUACCAUCUUUGGCUGCCUAUUUACAACUGUCAAAAUUAGAUUGGGGGUAUAAAGUGGAAAGUACAGGACGUGCUUGUUUAGGUAUGAAAAAUGGACGUUGCAACUGGCCCAGGGGCAAAGUACUCGGUGGAUCCAGCGUUUUAAAUUAUAUGUUGUAUGUCAGAGGAAAUAAAAAUGAUUAUGAUUAUUGGGAGCAAUUAGGCAACCCUGGUUGGAAUUACGACGAAGUAUUAAAAUACUUUAUAAAAUCCGAAGAUAACAGAAACCCUUAUCUAGCCAGAACUCCAUACCACGGAAUGGGAGGGUUAUUGACAGUUCAAGAAUCGCCAUGGAGAACUCCCUUAGUUGUAGCAUUUGUAGAAACUGGUCUUGAAAUGGGAUAUCCUAUAAGGGACAUAAAUGGCGCAGAUCAAGCAGGAUUUAUGAUAGCUCAAGGAACGAUCAGAAGAGGACAGAGAUGCUCGACAGCAAAAGCAUUUUUAAGACCUGUGAAGCUGCGGAAAAAUAUUCAUAUAGCUUUAAAUUCACACGUCACAAGAAUAUUGAUAAAUCCGUCAAACAUGAGAGCUUUUGGAGUAGAGUUCUACAGAAACGGUCGAAAGCACGUUGUGUUAGCAAGAAAAGAAGUCAUUCUCGCUGCUGGUUCCAUAAACACACCACAAUUAUUGAUGCUAUCAGGUAUCGGACCCAAAAGGGAACUGGAAAAGCAUAACAUUCCAGUCCUAAGAGAUCUGCCAGUCGGACACAAUUUACAAGAUCAUGUCGGAAUGGGAGGAUUCACUUUUAGAGUUGAUAAACCAGUCUCAAUAGUCCAAGAUCGAUUCCCAGCUUUUCCCAUGACUAUGCAGUACGUUUUAAAUGAAAAAGGACCAAUGACAACACUAGGAGGUGUAGAAGGUCUUGCAUUUGUAAAUACAAAAUAUGGAAACAGAUCAUGGCCAGAUAUCCAAUUCCACAUGGCUCCGGCCAGUGUCAAUUCCGACGCAGGCGCGAGAGUACGAAAAGUCCUAGGCCUAACCGACGAACUCUACAACACAGUUUACAAACCCAUCGCUAACCAAGAUGUCUACAGUUUAAUCCCACUCCUUCUGAGACCGAGAAGCAGAGGCUGGGUGAAGCUCAGAAGCAAAAACCCAUUCGACGACCCAAUCAUCAACGCAAACUACUUCGACGACCCCAAAGACAUUCGCGUGCUAGUUGAAGGUGCCAAAAUUGGAAUAAAGAUUAGUGAAUCGAAAGCAUUUAAAAAGUUUGGAAGUAGAGUGCAUAUAAUUCCGUUUCCAAAUUGCAAACAUUUUGAGUUUGGUUCGGAUCAAUAUUGGGAAUGCCAUAUAAGGACUAUAUCGAUGACGAUCUAUCAUCCAGUUGGUACGUGUAAAAUGGGACCAGAGUGGGACUCUGAAGCAGUGGUAGAUCCCAGGUUAAAAGUUUAUGGUGUUACUGGUUUAAGAGUAAUUGACGCAAGUAUCAUGCCUACUAUACCAAGUGGAAACACCAACGCACCAGCUAUAAUGGUCGGAGAAAAAGGAGCCGAUUUAGUUAAAGAAGACUGGUUAAGUUUUGCCGAAUAUAAGAAGUAGACUUAAUAAAGCAACUAAAGAUGAUCCCACCGCGUCAUUAAUGAAUGAGUUAGCUUAGGUAUUUUUAUUCUAAUGUUAAGGUGGGUAUUCACUUGCAACAAAACACUCCGAACGAACCAAACGCGUCGCGCACUCCAUACAAUCUGCAACAAAACAUUUUCCGGGCGCGCUCUGAACGACCUGCAACAAAACAUUUUGCGCGGAGCGUUGCGCUUGUUUGCGGUGUUCGCUGCGUUCCCACCAGUAAUCAGCAGUGUUGUUACAAUAGGUACAAUUGUACUAUUUUGGGUACAUUUGAUAGUCAAGGAGUACAUAGGUACAAUUGCAAGAAAAAAUGUAUUCUUCACGUACAAAUUUUUAGACGAACGGUGAUACGCGAUGCGUGGAUUUGAAAUGCAGGUCGCUAGGAGCAGAGGCCCAGAAUUAUACAUCACUUGAAAAGCUGUUCAAGCCGCACGGAUGUCAAACGUAAGUUUGAUAUCCAUGCGGUGAGUAGGAGGGGGGCUAAUCACUUCGACCUUAGAGAUCUAUUGUGAGUUCCCAUUUAACCAAUGCUAUUCAAAGCUCUUUGUAGCUUCUGUAUUGCUGUCCUCCAUUUGCGAAUUUCAAGUUCCAG